AUUUACCUCCUUACACAUUCGAUGGUCCUUGUCGAUAUUCUCGUCAUGAUUCAUUUGCUAUUGGUCGUUUAACUAUGCUUAAUGCUGAUUGUGUUUAUUCAACAUGGAAAAUACACUUACGUAGAAUCUCAGGUUUUUUUAAACCUCAUGAACAACAACAUUGGAAUACAAAAUACAAAGCAGCACAAACUAUAUUUGGUAAUUGUCCUGCUUCAUUAGCAACACGAAGUGCAAUCAAAUUAGCCCAUAAAGUACUUUAUGGUCAGACAUUAAGACAUCAUGAAAAUGGACAAUUAACGAAUGCUGAUGAUCUUUGGAAAUUUGUUUUUUCAAAUCGAACAACACAACGUAUUAAACCAUGUAUUUAUACAUAUGUGAUUAAUGAUAAUACAUGGCAUUUUAGCGAAACAGAUGUUCAAUUUUUUGCAGAUUUAGCAAGUAAACAUGCGCUAUUAGCUAAUGGAUCAAAAUAUGUUCGUUAUGCUGGAGAAUUUCAUCCACGUCCAAAAUAUGGAUGGGAUAGAUGUGAUGAUGAAUGGGAAUUAGUAUUCGAUAAUGGAUCGGGUACUUAUGCUCCUAAUCCAGAUCUAUUAAUUAAUUUAAAAGAAUUAUUAUUAUUCAAUUUUCCUGGAUUAAAUAUUGUUACAUAUGAAUAUAAAGAUCCAAGAUUGAAAGAAAGUGUAACAGAAUUAAAACGCGCGGUAGAAAAAUAUAAAAAUAGUGCAACAACAAUCCAACAGCUUGUUUUAACUUACUCAGAUUUAGACUCGUAG